UAGGUUUUGCUAGUCAUUGUCACCUUUGGCUUUGUUUAUAUUCUGCUCACUUUCACUUUCAGUUCAAGUUCCAUCUCCAAUGCUUGCGUUUGGGUCCUCUCACUCUCUCCCUUCCACACUCUGCCAGCGUAGACGUGUCAGAACAAUCUGGCCACAACAUGGACCCAGCACUCGCUCCUUGUGAGGAGCUCCAGGAGGACUUAAUUCACACAGUGGAUUUACUGUGCGAUCGGUGGCUGGAGAGGUCCAAUAAGGAAUACCGUCAUGGUCAUAAAGAUUGUAGCUAGCCGGCUACAAAGCCUGGUUUCCGGCUUCCUCUUGGUAGUGGACUUUCUCCGACCUCUGAUUACGUUUCUCCUGAGCCUGGAAAUUUAAAGUCUGUGUUUUCAGAGACAGAAUCAUCUGCUCUAAGGACUUAAAGGACUGUGUUACUCCAGCUCCUCCCUGGUCUGGAAUAAUAAUUCCAAAGAUUGUUUAUUCUGAGACUGUUUGUGUGACUGCGAAAUUGGGCUCCUCAGAAACUGAAACUCCCCCCAGAAGCUGAGCCUGUGACCUCAGCUGGCUCUGCACUCCUGGAGUCAGUGCAGCCUUCUUCUCCUCCUACGUCAGCUGGGAGCUCAGGUACGACAUGGAUGCAGGAGAUUCUCCCUCUGAUCAUCAGCGGAGGGGAUCCGGCCUCCGUUGAGACUCUUCACAACUGGGACCGUGUUCCAUGGCUGGAGGAGAAUCGAGCCCUCACCCUCAACCUUGAAAAGAGGCCGUCUCCACGCAUGUUUACAACUCACUUCCACUACAGCAUGAUGCCGCCAUCCUUCUUUGAAGUUAAACCAAAGGUCAUCUAUAUCAUGAGGAACCCCAAAGAUGUGUUUACGUCUGCUUUUCACUAUUUUGGGUCAACUUCGUUCUUGGUGAAACCAGGCCCACAGAGCGAGUUCCUCCAGAAGUUCCUAGAUGGAGAAGUUAUAUUUGGCUCCUGGUUUGACCAUGUAAAGGGUUGGCUCAAUGCUAAAGAUAAGGGGUCCAUCAUGUACAUCUCCUAUGAAGAACUUUUAAAGAACCUGAAGGACUCUGUGACCAGAAUCGCUCAGUUCAUGGAGAAAUCUCUGGAUACUGAAGUGAUAGAGAAGAUAGCAGAACGAUGCUUGUUCAAGAACAUGAAGAAAAACAGCAUGUCAAACUACUCGGCUGUUCCUAAAGAAUUCAUGGACCAGAGCAAGUCUGAAUUCCUCAGGAAAGGAAUUGCUGGAGACUGGAAGAAUCAGCUAACAGAGGCAGAAGCAGAAUACUUUGAUGCUGUUUACAAAGACAAAAUGAAAGAUGUCAAAUAUAAAUUUGUUUGGGAUUAAAAGACUAAAUGAAAGUCAUUUCAUCAUAAAAUUAGAGAAACAAAGUAGAGCAUUAAAUGGUUUUUUGAUAUAUAUUCAUGAGGUAAUUUUGUAGUUAUCAACAUAAAACUGGUAACAGCAUUCUGAUUGGUGCAAAACCAAAAUCCCUUUAAAUACUCAACUAUGAACAAGUCCUGGCAGCUUUCAGCUCGGUUUAAGUGAAACCCUGGUGGAGUGAGGGGGUUGUCGGGGUCAGCACACUUCAGCGAUGAUGUUGAAAGAGACCGCGAAAUAAUUUGGUACUAGGCUAGAGAACUGUGACACUUAUAAUAUCCAAUGCCAGUGAAUGAGAGUGACGAUAGGACCAGUAAAAUGUAACAUGUAUUUAUUUAGUCUAUGCUUUUUUGUUUUCUGCUUCCAAACUUUCAAAUGUUGUACUUUUUACUCUAUAACAUUUAUAUUAACUCUUAAGUUACUUAUUCUGCAGAUUUUAAAGCAUAAAAUGUAAUAAAAAGCUAUAUUGUUACAGAUAAAGCUACCCCCUGAUGCACAAAUAAUUGAAAGCAUGUGAUAUAAACAUUCAAAAAUUAUGAUCUAGUAAUAUAGAGCAUAUAUUCUGCAUAAUUAAAGUAUAUUGUAAUGCUCAAACAUUUGUUCCAUUACUUAAGUAGAUUUAUGCCUUUAUUCAAUAUGAAACAAUUUUUACAUUUGGGUGCAAUGCCACUUUACAUAUAAUACUUUUGCAUCCGCACAUAGGUCUGCACAUAUAUGCAAGGUUUACUCUGCUGUAUGUUUUUCUCGUCAAAUGCUCAGAAGUGUCACAAGGAGUUAUACUACCCUCUGUAGCUCAGAUCGUACAUCUUAUUGUCUGUUAAAGUGGUCACUGUGCCAGAUUAAAGCCCUAAAAUCUUGCCUCA